AAUUUUUAGUAACUUUAUGUAGUUUUUUUCAAUAUUUCAUGUGUCUAUCAAGAUUGUUCAGCGCUACUAAGGUAGCGCUGCAAAGCGCUGCAACGCCAAGUUUCUUGACUACGAGACGGAAGCCAAAGUCCGAACCCCUGUUUCGGGUGCCUGCACGCAAGUUCUUCGGCCUGGUUCCAGAGAACCAGUACGAAAAUAAUAUAACACCGAAGAGGCUUCAGAUCGGCUACGCAUUGCUGCACUAUUGGGAGACCAUUCCACUGUUCUUAUGCGUGGCUUUUGAUAUUAUCUUCGUCCUGGGCUAUAUGGGAUUAUAUGGAGGGAUAAUGCACAGGGUAGACACCCAGUUCACGAAGCACUGCUGGAACAGUAUCUCGAGAAAUAUGGAUCUACGGAACCCCACAAUCCACAAGUUCCUUGUGCUUUACCAGCGCUACGAACCCUGGCCCGAGAUGCAGAAUGUUCUGGACAAAAUGAAACGGGCUGAACACCGUUUGCUGGUGCGCAUGAACACCUGCGAGACCCCUUAGG